AUGUCAAAAUCGAAACGACCAAAUCGUGAGCCAACGCCACCAUCUCGUAUAGAUGAUGUAGAUCGGGAUGACUUCUUCGCUGAUCCUGAUAUGAUGUUUGAUGAAUUACCUCAACCCUUUCGCACGAUCGAUAAAAUAUUAGAAGGAAUAUUCGACGAUUCGUGGAAUAUUAUCAACAAGAGACAAGCUGAACGCGAAGCAGGUACAUUAAAGGUUCCAGUCCCAGUAUAUAAUGGCGUUAGAGUUGGUACAACAACCGAGGAGCCGAGAUGUCUUGCUCCAUCAGUAGAUGGAAAUUAUGUCUUUUUAGGUCAUGCAGAUGGACUAGUUGUACUUAAACCACCAUCAGUUCUAACAUUAACGUCUUGGGAUGAAAAUGGUGUGUUACCAGUGCAGUUAUCAACUGCUGAUAUGCCAGGAUCCAUUUAUUUAGUUACGAUGCUUAGUAAUUUAGGCGUAGGUAGGGUCUUUGCGCUAUUUAAAAAUAGACUGUUCCUGCUACGGAUAAUCAAUGAUACGGAUGCUGCUAUCAUUACAACAAUGAAGUUAUCAAGUAAUGGAGAUUUUCUUGGAGUGGGCACCCAAGCAUCAAAAAAAUAUUUCUUUGAAGUGCAUCGUUUACCAAGUGAUGGUUGGACGAGAGAGCUAACAUCUGCUAACCGGCAACUUUUGAAACAUGAAUCAAAAAUAAUAUCUUCAGCUGAGCAACAUGUCCCACAGCAGCUAAUUAAUAAUCAAGAUAAACCUGUACCUCCACCAGUACAAAUUGUUAGUCAAGAGGCCGAAGGAACACCAAAUCCUUCGCAAACUCAACUGGAAGGGCAGUCAAAUCCUACUCUCAAUAUCACAACUGGAGCAGUACCUUCGCGAAUUAAUUUCUCUAAACCAACUCUUCUCAUACGUGUCAAGUGUUCUAACACGCCGACACCGUGUAAUGGCACGAAUCCAGCACAAGCUUUAUCUGCUUACAACAAUAGUGACUUUUUGACAUUGGGAAAUGGUUUAAUUCAUUCUCUGUCUGCGCAAUUGCUUGAUCAAAGGCGUACUGAUUAUGAUAGUCUCGGCUUUAUUUCACAACAAGAUAGUGAAGCUGAAAUACGCAGUGUCCCAACUUUCCAUUUUCUUGGACCAACUAAGUAUCAACCAAACAGUUUAGAAGGCAAUCAGAAUGAGGUAGCAAAGCCAUCAUCUGUUGUUAUGUGGUGGUCAAGUUGUAACCAAAUCUUUCAUUAUCCUCUACCAAAGAGUGGACGAGUCGAUAAACCUGAUUUAGUAUGGCCAAAUGGAGAUGUUAUAAUAAAUAGUACUCUGAGUAACGACAAAACCUUGCUAGCAGUAGCGUUAAAAAAUGGUAUAUUGGUAAUCUGGGAUGUAUAUCAUGGUUUAGAAAGGAAAAUUAUUGGAUUUUCGAAAAGAGGGUCUAUAAUUUGCAUGCAAUUUCUACUCCCUGGCGCACUAAAUGAGACUAAAACCAUGCCUAAAGCAGAUCCUGGAUCAGCUACUUUUCGAACAGGCCCAGAAGGCUUAAUAGUCGCCUGCAGCGAUGGUAGCUUGUGCAUAAUCGAAUGUGAACCGGAUAAAAGUGAAACUGCACCAAUUAUAUUGGCACAUCCUUCGGAAAUCCCUUUUUAUCGAAUUCUUCCGCUACCAAAUCUACCACAAUUGUUUAUAACUGUACAGAAAAAUAGCGAAGUCAUUGUUCAUGAUGCUAGGAAAAGAAAAAGAAUGUGUGAAAUUGUUAUGUCUAAAUCAUACCACCUUGAUAAUCCAAGAAAAGAGGGUGAAUUGAUUUUAGCGAAAGGAGGACGCGUUGUAGUCAUGAGAGGUGUCAAGGAUGAUACUAUGUUUACUGAGCUGGAAGAUGUCUUUGCAGUGUAUGCAAUUCAAUUACACUUAUGUCUAGAAUUAGGAGAAUACUUUGCAAAGAUUCAAAAAGACAAUCAAGGACGGCAACAGGAUGAAAAUGUAAAGAAUCAAACUACUGGUAAAGACAAAAAGCGUAAUUCAAGAGCUAGCAAACAAAAUAAAGAAAGUGCUUCAAUUGAUGAAAUUGAAGAAAGAUUAAAUUCAAUGUUACGUGAAAGAAAUGCGGAACAGGCACUUCGACAAGCCAGAAUGCAACAAAGGUGGUCAAGAUUAAAAACAGAAUUAAGGGUUAUCUCUGCAAUAAAACAUCAAGCAAAAAGAAGAGACUUUUUACGCAAGGCUUUUGGCGUACUAGAUAAAUACUAA